AAAACUUGUUGGCCACACGCCACAACCCAGCUCAUCGUAACAGCACCUCUAGCGAUGCUGCUGCCAGCGACGACCUCAACUCCAGCUCGAGCAAUGAAGAUUUGAGCGCCGUCUACAAUGUCAUGUCGCAGCCCGACAAGAAAUCUGGCAAGGCACGCAGAAAUCGUCAGCAACGUCGCCGCAAGCAUCACGACGAACAAACUGGCGACCAACUUCAGCCCAUUCCCAUGGACGUCGACGAGGAUAGCAAGGAAAAUCGACGUCCUGCACAGCACCAGCCGCAACAGCAGCAACAACAGUCGGCUAAGACGACUAGCGUCAAUUUGCGUAAGCAAUGCACCAAAGCUGCUGCAUUGAAGGCGGUCAACCAGCACAACAACAGCAAUGCCGGCAAUAGCGUGAACAGCAGUAGCAAUAUUGCAAUGCCCAAUAGUAGCGCGCAUGCGCUCACCAACUCACCGUCCAACUCUUCAGUGUGCAGUGCACUCUCGUUGGCUUCAUCCACAUACUCACUCUCAUCGUCAUCGUCAUCAUCGAUGUCGUCGAGCACAUCAUCUGCCUCGAGUUCGCCCACCAAUUCGGCGAAUUGCUCGCCCACUGCCUCACCUACCGCCAGCAAGCGCAAUACGGAGAGUUUCCGCAAAAUUGCACGCGCGCUUGCCCCGCCACUGCGUCAGCACACCAAGUUGAAUAUGUCGGAGGCCGAGUUGGUGCAACAAUUGCGGCGCUAUAUCAUCGAUCCGAAUUUGUUGCGCGUCUAUGGCUACCCGGUUGAGAGCGCCAUACACGAGGGUUGCAUCGAGAUCUACAAAUGUCUGCCACGCCCCUCCGGCGUACACACACACCACCUUUCAACUAAGACGGACAUCGUUAAUACAACCGAUGGCCUGCAGUUGCGCAUCUCCAACACCAGCAGCAGUUACACCACAUCCUUCAACACUACCAGCAGCAGCGUCGAAGCACAAUGGACACUCGGCAGCGACAACUCGGCCGACUCCGGUCAGGGUUCGGGGGAUUCCAGCCCACCUUCAAUGGAUUCGGACUCAAGCGAAGCUGGUGAGGAUGAACCCGCCACCACAACGGCUUGUUUCACGCCAGACGGCAGCUACCAGAUAUUCUCGCAGUACGAUCAAUCGCUGGAGAAGCAAUGCGUGCGUUGUAUGCGCACCUUCCACGUCACCGAGUCAGGCGAGUACCUCAGCUACGAGAGCUGCACCUUCCAUUGGGGCAAGCUGUACAACCUGUAUACAGGCAGUAAAGGCUACACCACGCAGUACACCUGCUGUACAGGCACCAAGGAAACCGAGGGUUGCUCGCGCAAUCCUUUGCACGUGUGGACCGGCGCUGUGGUCGGAAUCAAUGGUCCCUACACCGAUUUUGUGCACACACGCCCGCGUUGUGAUGAUAAAUCUGACACGCCUAAGGUUUAUGCGCUCGACUGUGAAAUGUCUUUCACAGGCCGUGGUCUGGAAGUGACCAAAGUGACGGUGGUGGGCUACGAUGGCCAGCUUAUCUAUGAGCAUUUUGUGCGGCCGGAAGCUGAAAUUGUCGAUUACAAUACACGUUUCUCCGGCAUCACCGAAAAGGAUCUCUGUACACACUCGAAUAAGGACGUAAAGAUGUUAGCCGAAGUGCAACGUGAUCUGUUACAGCUAAUCGACGCCGACACCAUACUCAUCGGCCAUGGGCUGGACAAUGAUCUGCGCGUGCUGCGGAUCGUGCAUAAAACGAUCAUCGACACCUCGAUCGCAUUCCCACAUUCAAGCGGCUUUCCAUACCGCCGCGCGCUCAAGAACCUGACAAAGGCGUGUCUGAAUCGCGACAUUCAAUGUGGCGAUGCGGGGCACAGCAGUUUCGAGGACUCGCGUGCCUGUCUGGAGCUGAUGUUGUGGAAAGUGCGGAAAGAAAUGCGGCCGACGACGUACUGAGAAGUACCGACGCGGAGGCAUUCGAGUACAUGGCUGCCGCCGAAUGGGUGGAAGCGAGGUGGGGAAGAGAACCUCGGCUUGUCAGCGGCGGUGUGUUGUGAGCGAAUGCGAGUGUGGGAGAAUGACUUAGUGAGUAAGUGAGUGACUGAACGAGUGAGUGGGAGCGUGAAUUAAGCACGCUGUGUGAUUUUUUAUACAAAUAUUGUAACUUUUGAGUAAGUGUCGUGAAAUUUUUACAGAUUGAACUUGUAACUAAAAAUUUAUUUUUUUUCUACAAGUAUCUACUGUUUCGUUUAUUACAAACUAAUUACAUUUGUGUAGGAGUAUACAUAUGUACAUACAUCUUUGUAUAUACUCCUACAUAUGUAUAUAAGCAGGACUGGGCGACGCCGACUGCGCAGUACCCUCGUGGUUGAAUCGCGUGUUCGUAUACACGAAGUUGAAGGCGAAAAUGAAGUGUAAUUAAUGUUCGCUUAAUUUUCAUCUUCAACUUCGUAUAUACGAACACGCGACUUUACCCCGAAGGUGCUGCGCAGUCGGCGUCGCUCAGGCCGUAUAUAAGUUUAAAGUUGAGUAAACUUGCUGCGGAGCGAAUGCUGACGCGCGCGCGCGCGUGUUUGGCCGCUCGGGCGUUUUGUAUAUAAGUACAAAUAUACGCUCGUGUGCAGUGCGUUCGUUCACGCUGUUGCGCCCAUCUGAACUUGACUUGAUACCGUACCAGAGAGGAGUAAGAAGUCGUUGUGUCGACAGAAAGCAAUCUCUUUUUUUAUUGAAAAGCUGCUGAUGUUCAAACAAAAAUGGAGCGGAAUUUUUAAAAAAAUGUACUGAUUUAUUGCUGUGAUUUUUUGCGCGCGCUGUUCUCAUUUUUAUUUUCGCUUUUUUUCUUCAGUUUUCCAAGUUCACAAUAUGAAAGUUAUUAAAUUUAAAAAUUUUAGAAAUAUCUGUAAAUUAAAAAAAGGUCAUAAGUAAUUAUUCAGAAGUAAAAUAACAUAAUCGUUACGUUCUAAAGUAGCACCGUUUUUUAGACGAGAAUAAAAAUUGGAAAAAUUAAAAAAAAAUUUAAUUUUGUUUUUUUGUAAAAUUUUUUUUAAAAUUUCACUCCAGUUUUGCUAAUUUACGUAUAUUUGUUGAGAACGAAAAAUUUUAUUUCAAAAUUGUUUUCAUGUUUAACGAUUUACAACAACAUUCUUAAGGAACAAUGCGAAUAUUAUUAUAUGUAUUGCAUCUCAUAAAGUUUUUCUUUACAAAAAUAAAUGCACACCUGUACAUAAAAGCUAUCUAACAAAUGUAGUUUCAAUUUUACUUUGUUAAUUCAAAUAUUUAACAUUGUUAAAAUGCAUACGAUUUUUUUUUCAUUUCGUAGUUAUUCAGCAUAUUUUUAUUUUUUUAUUUAUUGACGAAAACAUCAUUCAUUUACCAUUUGAACUUAAUACUUUUUUUUAAAUUUGGUACAAGAAAUGCCUAUAAUUCUAAAAACAUACCUAAAAGCACAAAAAAUAUUUUUUUAGUUACAUACAUAUUUGUAAGGUGGCAACCCAUUUGUUGACCUCCCACCACUUCAUUCAAGCCUAGUUUAGCAUAUUUUUAAGUUUAGUCAUAAGUUUACUAGGUACGAAAAAAA